ACCCUCCAUCAACAAACUCCAAUCGAUCAUCUUUUAGUCUUCGAGCAGCUGAAAGAAUGGCAAGGGCGGUGGAACCUCUCGUAGUAGGUGGAGUCAUUGGAAAUGUGCUGGAUCCUUUCGUUCCCACCAUUCAAAUGACUGUCACUUUCAACAACAAGCAAGUGUUCAAUGGACACGAGUUUUAUCCUUCAGCUGUUGUCAACAAACCUAGGGUAGAGAUUGAAGGAGGUGACAUGAGAACUUUCUUCACCCUGGUCAUGACCGACCCAGAUGUCCCUGGACCUAGUGAUCCUUAUCUAAGGGAGCACCUUCACUGGAUUGUGACAGACAUCCCUGGCACUACGGAUGCAACAUUCGGAAGGGAAGUGGUGAGCUAUGAGAACCCAAAGCCAACUAUUGGGAUCCACAGGUUCGUGAUCGUUGUUUUCAAACAGAAACGUCGACAGGUCAUCAAGCCACCUUCUUCAAGGGAUCACUUCGACACCCGAAAGUUCGCCGCCGAGAAUGAUCUUGGCCUUCCUGUUGCUGCUGUUUAUUUCAAUGCUCAACGAGAAACAGCUGCAAGAAGACGUUGAUUUGCCUGAAGAAAGUGAUCAAAUACACUCAAUAAAAAAUGGGGUCUUGGAAUCAAGUAAAUUGUGUGGUUUUAUAUACGGUACAAAUAUAUAGGCUUUGUGUCGGUACUAAAAAUAAAACUUUCUGCAGAAAUCUUCCUUGAAGCUCUGCAGCCAUGGUUAGAGUAAACUAAGAAUUGUUGAAU